AUGAGCUCGCUUAGAGAACCUUUCCAUCUCUUGAAGGAGCUGCUGGUCCGCAUCCCGCUAAUCCUCAAGACCAUCAUCCUACAUGCAAUUCAAAUGUCCCCCGUCAAAGGGAAACAGGACAUGCGCACCGAAUUUACCGUUUCCAUUAUUCGUUCAUUCAUGGGAACGAAAGCUCCACUCGGUAAAACCCAGAAACAAGGCCUACGCGACCCCGGUGUCAAGGGCCCCAUGUGGGUGUCCAAGGUGACACUCCCGCAGCCCGAUAUCGAUGUACGUGAUGCAGUGCUACGUGCAAUUGAAGAUCUCAAGACCGGCGAUGAGACAUACGAUAUCCCUGCACCGGCCGCCGUCGAAGCCGAAUGGACCGGUUACCGCGCCGGAGUCGGAAAGAAAACCCCAGAGCCCGACCUCUCAGAAGAAGAAAAGUACAACAAGCUGCGCGAGGAAUCGCCGUCUGAUAUGACGAUCUUGUAUUUCCAUGGAGGGGCCUAUUUCCACCGAAUUCCCGUUGCACACCUAUCCCACCUAACCGGCGCCCCCGUCUUCUCUGUCCGAUAUCGUCUCGCUCCUCAAAAUCCAUUCCCAGCCGCAAUUGUCGACGCCCUAACAGCGUAUUUGUCACUUCUCCACCCCCCUCCAGGCUCCCUACACAAACCUGUUCCAGCCAACAAGAUAAUAUUUGCUGGCGAUUCCGCCGGUGGGAACCUCUGUCUCGUCCUCCUUCAAACGCUUCUGGCUCUCGACCGCGCAUCCCACACAAUCCGUUUCCACGGCGAGGAUGUGCCCAUUGAACUGCCGGCAGGCGUCGCAACUGUAUCCCCAUGGUGCGACGUGACGCGCUCCAUGCCUUCUACCAGUGGUAACGCACAUCUCGAUUACCUCGAGGCACCCACUGUACCCUCGAAUGACCCAGCUGUCAAGACUCUAUUUACCCCGCUCCCUUUCACCCCAGACGAUGUCUGGCCCACGUCCCCGCCUCGCGCUGAGAUCUACUGCAACGCCAGCAUGCUGAGCCACCCAUUGGUGUCUCCGCUUGCUGCCCCAGCUGAGCUCUGGAAAAAUGCACCGCCUAUCUGGAUUUCGACUGGCGAGGAAGGUCUCACGGACGAGGGUCUUGUUCUAGCCCGCCGUGUCCACCAGGCCGGUGUGCCUCUUGUCGCCGAAAUGUUCGAGGGUAUGCCGCACUGCCACGGUAUACUUAUGAUGAACAGGCCCUCUAGCCAUCGUUUCUUCGAGAGCUUUGCUAGGUUCUGUCGUGAUGCUGUUGCCGGCCGGGUCGUGUCGACGGGCAAUCUCACCUGGUUGGGCUUCAAGUUGCAAUCGACAAAGGAGAUACCUAUUGAAAAGGCCUGUGAAGUCAGUGAUGAGCAGGUCGUGGCCCUCAUGCAUAGAAUGUCUGCUUGGAAGCUGGAGGGAGAGAUCGAAUUGCAGAAGCAAUGGCGAGCGACAGCGCGAUUGUGA